AUUGCCAUCUCUCUCACACCCAAGCAUCCGCACCCGAACGCGCAUCUGCACAAUGGCGGCCAAGCGGGACAUGCGGCGACAGCAGCUCAUCGUCCCUUACAGUGAGCCCGAGAACAAGGACAGCAAUGAUUUCCAGAGCACAAUGAGCAGCACCCUGCCCAUGGCGGCCAUGUUCACAAGAAACAAAUUGCUUGGAUGGACCUCCGUGCUAUUCGCCCUACAGACCUGGCUGGCCGAGACCCCAGCACAGAAAGCUGCCUCGUCCUCGCCCGCUUAUUUCCAGGUUUUGAUGGCACUUCUGUCUUUGGGCGUUGGAUAUAUGCCUUUGUUCAUGCCACCAACUCCUGGUCGCCCCGCCACAAGCAGCGGACCGCCCGCCCCAGCUCCGUGAGAACGAAUGCUUAUCGUGGACGUCGCGUCUUGAAUGACUUGCGUCUUCGAGCGGCAAUUGCUUUGUAUGAUAGGCUUGAUACUCACUUUGAGACUCCAGCUUGGAAGGAUUGCGCCAGAUGCGCGGCGGAAAAUUACUUGAUGACACGUCACUCCUGUCUGCUGCUGUACAGGGCUUCGCGAUUCGAAGUCUAUACCGAUGCUUCGGUAUCAUCCGGCAGACGUGGUCUGACCGUAAGCACUAUUUUCGUGCAAAGGAACAGCAAUCAACUUGCCAUGCUACCAUGAAUUGCUACAGUCUGGACAUAGCGCGUCAGCAAUUCUUAUCUG